AGCUAAUUUCAAAUUUUUUAAAAUCUCAAAAAAAAUUGCUCUUACUAAAACCUCUUCACGAUACCCUACAACUCAACUCUAGGCUAGUCUAAGUCACAACUCACAAACUUGUGUUAUCCACAAUCUCAAAAACUACCCAAAAUCACACCCAAAUACUUCUACCAUAUCAUAAAAUCUAACAUGACCCACAUCCAAAUAUGAGUACACCAAUUAAAACCAUACAACUCAACUCUUUUCUCAUUCCAUCUUAUCCUUACAAAAUCAUCCAUACACCACUAACUUCAACCCUCUUUCCCUAUGACAAUCUAAAACCCAUCUCUCCUUUCAUCCCAUCAUCAUUCAUCUCUUCCAAAUCUUUCCCAUUUCUCCACCAUUACAAUGUCUUUGACAAUCCCAACCAAUCUUUACAAACCAUUAACAACCAAACCAAAACUCCUCCAAUCUUCACACCCAAAACAUGCAUCAUUCAUAGCAUGUAAUACCAACAACCAAGAAAAUGGGAAAUCUUUCCCUAAGACACUCGAGAUUGCCAAGGCAGGCGCAGCCGCCUUGGCGCUCUCUAGCGUCCUUCUUUCGUCAUGGACGGUCGCACCAGACGCCGCCAUGGCAGACAUUGCAGGGCUAACACCAUGCAAAGAAUCAAAACAAUUUGCAAAACGUGAAAAACAAUCAUUGAAAAAGCUUGAAUCAGCACUAAAAAAGUAUGAUCCAGACAGUGCACCAGCUCUAGCAAUCAAAGCUACAAUGGAGAAGACAAAAAGAAGAUUUGAUAACUAUGGAAAGUACGGACUUUUAUGCGGGUCAGAUGGGCUUCCACAUUUGAUUGUAAGUGGUGAUCAGAGACAUUGGGGUGAGUUUAUUACACCUGGGAUAUUGUUUUUGUAUAUUGCUGGUUGGAUUGGGUGGGUUGGAAGGAGUUAUUUGAUUGCAAUUAGAGAUGAAAAGAAACCAACACAAAAGGAGAUUAUUAUUGAUGUUCCUUUGGCUUCAAGACUUCUUUUUAGAGGAUUUAUUUGGCCUGUUGCUGCUUAUAGAGAGUUGCUUAAUGGUGAACUUAUUGACAGCAAUGUUUAAAUUUUUUUGUUGCUCUUGCAAAAAAAAAAAAAAAAAAAACAAUUGUCCAUGUCUAAUUAUGUGUUACGGUUAUGGUUAUUAGCCCAGUGUUCACGGAUUUUAGAUUUGGAAAAUUUUAUGUCUUAUUAUGUGUAUGUACUAUAAAUCUUGAAUACAUGGAUUUGGAAAUUUUUAUGUA